ACCCGUUUAGAGCCCAAUACAUUCUUCUUCUUCUUCUUCUGUUGUUCCUCCGUCCUCGAAGGAUUCAAUUCUCCGUUUCCACUCUUGCAAGCAAGUGAAUUUUUUUUCUCUAAUUGACUUGCAUUUUGUUUUCUUCUUCAAUCCCCAUUUUCUGGUGAACUGUAAUUUUGCAGAGAUCAAACUUGUUUUUUCAUUUUUUUUAAUGUUCGUAGAAUUUCAUAAAAAAAUAAAAAAUAGAAGUAGAUACAAAUGAUGUCCCCAAAUCAAUUUCCGGAAACUCGGGGGAGUUCUCAUUCCACCACUAUCAGGCGAACCCCCUUGCAGAUAAUACAUAUAAUUGGUAACUUCAUGAGAAUAUGGUCAAUCUACUCUAUGUACCGCUAUUUGACUCAGACGGGGGCUUCAGUUGUAUUGUUUAUCUUCAGCUGUCUUGUACCUUCAUCCAUUCUAUUUCUACUUUUACAGAAGCCCUGGAGGGGCAGACCACUUUCUAAUGCUCAGGUAGUGCCUUCUGUGAUAAAUGGUGGUAUAACGGCUCUGUACUUCAUUUUGUGGGGAAAGGGGCUUCAAUCUUGUGGUCCUCUCAGAGUCAUAUUGGCUGAAUAUUCUGGUGCUGUUCUUGGAGUGUUAUCUGGAGUACUGUAUGGGAGGAGUGGACAUAUGUGGAAAAAGGUUGGUGGCCUCUCUGCAAUGCUAGCAUCAUUCUACUUCUUAUCUCAAGGGUGGGCCAUGGCCACACAUUCACCGUUUUCAUUUAGUGAUGAUGGAGGUACAGAAGUGUACACAGAAGAAGGUUUGGGAAUUAGGAACAUAUUAUUUCCUAUAUUGGCUGGAGUCUUAUCAGCAUUAAGAAGGGUGAUCACACGACGUGUCUCACUUAAGAAUCAACUUAAAAGGAGACUUCAUGCCAUCACUAUUGCUUCUGCAACUUGUUUUCUGUUUCCCGUGGCAAUGUGGGACAUGAUCAUUGGAUCAACGGAUGUAAAUUUGCCAUUUUCUGCAUGGACCUUUUCCAGCACUAUCCUUUUUGGAAUUAUUUUGAUAUUUUAUGUUGAUAGUAUUGCUGAAGAGAGAUUGCAUAUGGUUUUCUCUUCUCCGAGGCAUUUGAUGGUCGCUGCAGGAUGUAUCAUUGUCAUGGAGAUUGUGUACAAAAUGGAUUUUGCCCUGCUUGGUUUUCUAGUUUGUGCUGGCAUUUUGGGCUUUGGCGUAUACGAAGCUACAUCUCUGGAGCAUGUUAGGAAAGAUUCUUUGCAAAAUUCAGAUUUAACCAGUGCGGUUUUUGAGGACCAGAUUCAGAUGUCUCUGCUGCCAACUUAAACAGCAAUUUAAUCAGGUGACUGUUUCAUUAGUGUGGAUCUGUUGCUUCCUUUUCCGAGUAAAAGUGGCUGCAAGAAUAUUUAUAAUCCUUUGCAGUGCCCAAAUUUUUUCAUAUCUGCAAAGAAGAAAUGUGCAAGCAGAUUCUUGGCUGUUGUGGCCACUGGAAAAUUCCCAACUGUUUGAGAAUGGCAUUAUGGGUCCACUUUGGAGAUUGGGUUCAUUACUUUGUAUAUCUUUUCAGUUGUCACUCUCAGGUUCAUGGAUUCUUCAAUAAAUACAACUUAUGCCCAUUCUUUCUGAAAAAUAGAUUGCAUAGAUCAUUGCUGUGACCGUAAGCUCUAAAGGAUUAUUUAGGGCACAUAUGGUACACUGAAGCGAACAUUAUUUGAUAGAUAGAAAAACUUUAUAAAUUUUGUCGCACUUCUCUAUCUUUAAUUCAAUGUAGUCAUGAUUCGCUACGAGGUU